UUGAUGAAAUGACUCUAUGAAGGAAGACAUGUUAAUGAGUUUGGUUGUGUUGGUUUUAGUGUGAAAUCAUGGGGAACUUGCUCUGUUUGGUUCAAGUAGAUCAAUCUACUGUUGCUAUAAAGGAAACUUUUGGGAAGUAUGAUGAUGUUCUUGAGCCGGGUUGUCAUUGCGUGUCGUGGAUAUUCGGAAGUCAGCUUGCUGGACAUCUUACUCUUAGGGUUCAGCAGUUGGAUGUCAAGUGUGAGACCAAAACAAAGGACAAUGUUUUUGUCAAUGUUGUAGCUUCGAUACAAUAUCGUGCUCUAACUGAUAAGGCAAGUGAUGCAUUCUACAAACUCAGCAACACAAGGGCCCAAAUCCAGGCCUAUGUUUUUGAUGGUUAUACCCGCUCAAUUUUGUAAGACAUGGUUAUCAUCAACCAGAUUUAAGGUCUACUAAUCUGCUAGCACCAACAGGACCGUUUGUAUGGAAGCAUUUGGCAACCUCACUCUCAAAUGUAUGUAUUUGUUUAUCUUUUGCUUAUUUGAUUAACCACCUUCGUUGAGCUGUCUAAAAAGGUGUAAUUCCUAUCUUACCUUUUUGGUCAGAUUUGCUUGCAAUUUCAGAAUUGGUUUGAUUUGUCUAAGUUGUAAAGAAAACAAAAGUAUCUAUGUUAGUUUGACCUAAAAAGUCAAACUGUGCAUCCCAUUUUGGGUUGUUAUCUGAUCUCCAAUCUUUUUAUGUUUCAA